AUGAUCAGCGUAUUAAAUACUAUCGAUACAGGCCAUGAAGAUAUGAUACAUGAUGCUGAAUUAGAUUACUAUGGAUUGCGAUUAGCAACAUGCUCUUCUGAUAAUUCAGUGAAGAUUUACGACAUCAAGAGCGGCACGCAGACUCUUGCCGCCGAUUUGAAAGGCCACUUUGGACCAGUGUGGCAAAUCGCAUGGGCACACCCAAAAUACGGUAAUCUACUAGCUUCUUGUUCUUAUGACAGAAAGGUCAUUAUUUGGAAAGAGUCUGGCGAAUGGACGAAGUUGUACGAAUACACAGGCCAUGAAAGCUCUGUGAACUCUGUAGCAUGGGCUCCUGCCGAAUACGGACUUAUAUUAGCUUGUUGCAGCUCCGACGGGUCCAUAUCUAUUAUUACAUACAAUCAAGAUGGUGGCAAUUGGGAUGUUAAAAAGAUACCUGGCGCUCAUGCUAUUGGUGUAAACUCAAUAAGCUGGUGUCCAGCAAUAUCAGCAGACCUUAAUUUGGAUCCUCUUAGUAAUAAGGAAGCACCUAAAAGAAUAGUAUCUGGUGGAUGUGACAAUUUGAUAAAGAUCUGGAGGGAACAAGGAGACCAAUGGGUGGAGGAAAAUCGUCUUGAAAUGCACAUGGAUUGGGUGAGAGAUGUUGCAUGGGCACCCUCACUAGGACUUCAACAUUCCAUGAUCGCUAGCUGCUCACAAGACAAGCGAGUUGUCAUUUGGACAAGCGAUGACAAUGUGUCGUGGACACCAACAAUCCUUAACACGUUUGACGAUGUUGUAUGGAGUGUUAGUUGGUCACUAACUGGAAACAUUUUGGCUGUUUCUGGUGGUGACAAUAAAGUCAGUCUCUGGCGAGAGAAUGCCGAUGGGCAGUGGUUAUGUAUAAGUGAAGUCGCCAAAGGACUAGGUCAAACUCCAAGUGAAGAAAGAAGCACUCUUUAA